AUGCCUCGUGGAACGCACCGGGGUCUCUGGAAGCCUUUGCCGAAAGACAUCUUCAAGUCCCGAUGGAAAACCUUCUACAAGCGCUGUUUCAGGCCUCGCAGCGUCGGGAACACGGUGGACAGAAGGCCGCCACACAUUCAGGCUACUUUCACCGAAGACGUGCCGUCUCCGUGGAAGUUCCAUUUGUACCCAAACCAGGCCGGCAACGAUCUAAUCGCUCCAAUUGACAACAGUGCCUUCAAAGCGUACGGAAAUGUGGUUGGAACGUACUUGAAGCCAGCCUACGACGCCUCUGAGGGAACCGCAAGUGACGUGGUCCUUCGCUGUCUGGAUGCGGGCCGCAGGGGCUCAGGCUCUCUGUCUGGGCUCGGCAGACCGGAGGCCGUCUCGGGGACACGUGACAUUGAGCUUGCUCCGCAGCACAUACGCGCACAGCUGACAAAGCUUUGCGGGAAGACUCCCGAAGAAGUUAUCGCCAAGCAGACCCGUUUCUUCAAGGUCAGGAGGUUAAUGAACCUACUGGAAGAGCAGGAAAUCGUUUGGACAAGUGGCAGACGUUUGCAAACGAGGCUAGCCGCCAGGAGUCGCUCGGCAGAUGACCCUCGUGGCAAUUUUCCCUACAUCGACGAGAAAGCUGGUCUCUUGGACGAGCUGGAUCUUGCGGAAAUCCUGAGGGUGAACUACAAAACCAACAGCCGCCGCCUUCCAAAGUGGAAAGAGAUCCAGUUCUGGUUCAAGAAGUGGCACCGCGUGUACCUGCGACGGCGGGCUGUGCGGAUCGAAGAAGCCAAAGCACGAAUGGGUGUGGUCAAGCAGGUGAUCGGCUAG